AACUGUGCGGAGUUAGCCCUCAUGGCGAGUUAGCCUCCACCCGCACUGGCCACUUGAAAAUGGUCUUUGGGGUUGUCCUGAGAAAAGCUUGGGAACCCCUGGAACAGGCUGACAGAGGUCUGGACGUGACACCACAGGAAAUUUUUCCACUUCGGAACAGCGGCCUCCAUCUCUCAAAAUUCUGGUAAUAAAUCGUUAAAUGGGUGAAGAAAUGUCCUACAGCACUGCAAACAUUUGAACUUCAUUAACUUAAAUUCAGUGAGUCCAUUUCGUAUGAAAUAACUGUAUCACACAAUCAAACACUUUGUGUCACGAAUCAUCACAAAAUAUGUCAAUUAUACCAAAAUUACUACAUUUUAGGCCAUUUUUUAGAAAACAUCGAAAACCUGGGUGAAAUUUUAACUUUUUCGGUGAAAGGAGUGUAGUCCAAUAAAAUUCCAAUGUCAUUUGAUAUAAAAAAUACAAAAAAAUUAUUUUCACUACACUUUUAAAAAAAUUGAUGGAAUUCAACUUUUGCUUGGAAUGGCCCAUAUAUUUGUCACAUUACUCUUGUUACUUUAAUAUUAGUUACAACUAAUUAACAUGUAUGUUAUUCUUAACCCCCACCUGACUUGUCAUUCAAGAAUUACGUUACUACGACGUCACGUCACACAGUAACCCUCCAAACUAUACUAACUGUCAUCCAUCAGUUCCUGACUCGCGGACGACGUGUGAUAUAAAAUUAUACCCUUUUCAUUCCGCUACUGUUUUAAAUGUUGUUUAAUAUGUGUCACAUUACUCUUGUCACUUUAUUAUUAGUUACAACUAAUUAACAUGAUUUAUAAUUGGUAUAAUAUAAAAUGUAAACUGUCAACCUUAUUCAUGCCAGGAGAGUUGUUUCGGUUUAGUGAUCGUAUGGUCCUUCCGACCUCUUAUCAAUUCUGUUGUUAGUCGAUUAUUUUCUCUGGAUGAUGAAUACUCCUAUCUAUCUAUGGAAUGAAUACAGAAGCGUGAAUAAAAUAGAGAAGCACUCAAAAAAAAUUGGAUAAUUUUUAUUUAAUUCUGCACAAAAUCAUUCUACUUCAUGGGAACUUAUGUAUUUUGAUGUUUAGAACAAAUCUAAAGGGAAUGAAACCCAUUCUUUACCAGACAGCGGGGGCCUCCAUAUCGGCACAAGUCGGAAAACCGGCACUGUACGAUAAGCUAGAGUGAAGCACAUCUAAAAAUGUCACCAUUGGAUUCCUCAGAAAAAAAUAAUCGAAUAUACAAAAAGCAUUCAACAGUAUUUAACAAGAAGCGGUCAGCAGGAGAGAAUUUUGGUCAUGUCACGGCUGACACAUGGCGCGAUAGAUUUAAAUUAUUGUCGAGACAAUCAUGACAUUUUCUAAAAUUUUCCUACGAGGUAAUUGUUUUGAUUUCAAAUACUGGUUAUUGAAACUUAUUGAAUCUGGUAACUUAACAAUCAAAAAAGAUUAUUAUCACAGUAAAGUGUAGAAUUUGGUUAUUUAAUAUAUACUUUUUCUGCAGAACUCUCAGUCUCAGUAUUUAAAUUCAGUUAUGUGGUAAUUCUUUGUGAAAUAUUACAAGAUGUCCAGCUCAGAUUCUGAAAAUGAUGGUGGAGGAACAACUGAUUUCACCGGAUUCUUAUUCGGGAAUAUUGAUGAACAUGGACAUUUGGAGAAUGAUAUAUUUGAAGAGGAGUUGAAAAGUCAUCUAAGUCAAUUAAAUGCUUUGACUGGUAUCGGAAAUUUUGUCAAAGAGUUUGAGGAUAAAGAUCGCAUUUCACAAGAAGGUGAUUUAAAAUAUCCAUUAAAAAUUGGAACAUUGCCAGAUGCUGUAGAUUACAGCACCAUUAAUGAACUGGCAGAUGAUGAUGAUGAUGAAACUGUAUCAGCUAAUAUAAGUUCAAUUCAAUCUGGAGAGGAAUCUAUGUUAUUUGAUAGUGGCUCAGUUGGAUCUAAAUUCCAUUCUACUUUUCAUCCUGUAAAGGGUGCUAAUUCGAGAAAAUCUGGAGAAACCAAAACUGCUUUUGGAUCAGAUAUCAUCUUGCCAUCUAUUGUGUCACAUCCAUCGGGUCUGGACGAUGGUCAAAAACAUUUUUUGGAAUCAGCAAGGCAUGAGAAGAGCAGUGGCAAGAAGGUAAAAAAACACAAAUUUGAGAAAAAGAAAAAAAAGAAAGACAGGCAUUCAGCUCAACAACAAAUGAGCGAAGAAGAAAUUGCUUUUGAAAAUCAAAUGAAGGAAAUCAAUACUAAAGUCCAGAGCGCUAAUAUUAAAGAUCUAUUUCCGGAAUUUCGAUCUGGGGAAGUACUGCGGUUUUUAAGGCUCUUUGGUCCAGGCAAAACAUCUUCAAUGCCAAAUCGAUGGAGAAAUUGUAGAAAGAGAAGAAAAAAAAAACGAAUUGAUGGAAAUCAGGAUGAAAUUACAACACAAAAUAUUCACAAAGAUGAAACAAUUUCGAAAACCAGUGAUGUCUUAAUGCCAGAGCCCAGUGAAUGUCUAACAGAUGAUGAAGUGAAGAUGAUGAAACCACAAAAAAUAACUUCUCGGGUUGAAACCAAGAAAAAAUCUUCUGCUACUGCAGCGGAAAUUCCUGCAUGGCGUUAUGGUCCAGCUGCUUUGUGGUAUGAUAUGCUAGGUAUAUCCGAAACUGGAGAAGGGUUUGAUUAUGGAUUCAAACUCAAACCGCAGAAUAAUGCAGAAACUGAAUCUCGUUCUUUGGCACAGAUACCAGGGCCGAGUGCUGAGCAUUUUUAUAUGGUAUCACAAGUUAAAUGGGAAGAUGAUAUUAUAUGGAAUGCUGAUGAUAUAAUAAAUAAAAUGGGGAAUAAAAACUUGCCGGUUUCAACCGAGUUUGACGACAGGCAUAAAGUAAGAGUGAAUAAAGCUGCUCAGGCUGGUUGGGUACCAACUAGCACUCAGCGUACUGCCUUACCUAAUGAUUCUACUGCUGCUAGGAGUCCACUUGCUUUUCCAACAACAGAGAAACUUAAAAAUGAGGAAUCCUCACCACCAAAAAAGAAAAUUUUCAAUUCCAUAUUUCCGAUAGACAAUUAUGAAUUGAUUUAUGGUGAUUGGGAAAAAGAUAUCAUCUGGGAUGAUCAAAACAUGGAUUUUAUACCAAAACCCAAAGUUUUUCAGCUUAAUCCUAAUGACGAAAACAUAAUAUUAGGAUUACCAGAGGAACCCAAAUCUUACAGUACAAUAGACGAAAAAGAAAGUAAAAAAGAAAAAAAGGCAAAAAUAAUUCUUGGGAAAUCAGCUGCAAAAGAUGAAGAUGAGGAAACUCAAGAAAAGACUGAAUCCAAACUUGAUCAUUGGAACUUGUCCAAUGAUGAGUUUUAUGAUCCCAGAAAAUCUAGUGGGAACAAAUUAGCUGUAAAUCUUGUUGGUGCGCUACAGCAUUCAAUUCCAGCUCUUGAAUUACAGCAACCUUUCUUUCCUACACACAUGAGUGCCGUUAAGUUGCACCAUUUUCACAGGCCGCCAUUAAGACGAUAUCAAAAAGGUCCCAUGGCGAAGAUUGGAUUUUAUGCUGUCCAGUGCCUUCGAAAACAUAUCAGGCAAAAAGCGAAACAACGCGAGCAGGAGAGAGCUGCAUCUGGAGGUGGAGACGUGUUUUUCAUGCGAAAAUCUUCGGACUUGUCAGCCAUGGAUGGUAUAUUGAUUCUUUCUGAGUACAGUGAAGAAUAUCCACUUUUACUUUCUCAGCCUGGCAUGGCAACUAAGGUAAAGAAUUAUUACAAAAGGAAACCAGAUAAAGAUUCUCACUGCCCUCGAUUUCGUUUUGGAGACACUGUGUUCUCUCAUACAUCUCCUUUUCUAGGUUCCUUAUCACCUGGUCAUUCAUUGCAAGCCUUCGAAAAUAACAUGUUUAGAGCACCAAUAUAUGAACAUAAAAUGUCACCUACUGAUUUUUUGGUUAUCAGAACAAGACAUGGUUAUUUUGUUCGACAUCUUCCUUGCAUCUUUACUGUCGGGCAGCAAUGUCCUCUAAUGGAAGUUUCUGGUCCAAAUUCGAAGAAAGCAACGGUUCAUGUUCGUGAUUUUCUGCAGGUGUUUAUCUAUAGAUUGUUCUCCAAGAGUACUGAUAAUCCAAAGCGGAUUAAAAUGGAAGAAAUUAGAAAAGCCUUUCCAACACAUUCUGAAAGUAGCAUCAGAAAAAGGUUAAAACUCUGUGCUGAUUUCAACAGAACUGGCCCAGACAGCAAUUGGUGGGUCAUAAGACGAGAUUUUCGCCUUCCUACAGAGGAAGAAAUGAGGGCAAUGGUUUCUACUGAACAAUACUGCAGUCAUAUGAGUAUGAUAGCAGCGGAACAGCGUCUGAAGGAUGCUGGAUAUGGUGAUAAAACCAUGAUUGUACAGGCUGAGGAUGAAACUGGUGAAGAUCAUCAAAUGAAAGUUGAUGAGGAGGUGUUAAAUGCACCCUGGAACACAACACGUGCUUAUCUUUCUGCAGUCAAAGGUAAAUGCUUGCUGCAAGUUACUGGCCCUGCUGAUCCUACUGGUUGUGGUGAAGGAUUUUCUUAUGUCAAGGUGCCAAUGAAACCACAGCAACCUAAAGAUGAAAGUGCUCCGGCACCACCGAAGAAGUUGGUUACAGGCACAGAUGCUGAUCUUCGUAGACUUUCAUUAACAAAUGCCAAAAAUAUUUUAAGAAAAUAUGGUGUUCCAGAUGAGGAAAUACGUAAACUUUCUCGGUGGGAAGUCAUUGACGUAGUUCGUACCAUGUCAACAGAACAAGCAAGGGCUGGGGCUACCAGUAAAUUUGCUAGAGGAACACGCUUUUCUGUUGCAGAGCAUCAAGAGCGGUACAAAGAGGAAUGCCAGCGUGUUUUUGAUCUGCAAAAUCGUGUGCUUUCUUCUCAUGAUAUUUUAUCAACAGAUGAGGAUAGUAGUUCGGGGGAUGACUCAGACUUUGAAGAAAUGGGGAAAAACAUAGAAAGUAUUUUAAGCAAUAAAAAGUCAUCAACUCAAGUUUCACUCGAACGAGAGGAACAAGAAAGAAAAGAACUCAUGAAAAUGAUAAGUGAAGGUCGAAAUGUCGACAGCGGUUCACAAGGCAGAUCGUCCACUCCUACUCAGGCAGCAAAGAAAGAUGGCGAAACUUCAUCGAUAGGUUCGGUUGGUCCUGGCCGAUGCUUGAAAAUAUAUAGGAAAUUUAAAAGUGAAGGUGGAAGUGAAUUUGUUCGUGUUGAAACAGUCAGGAAGCCAGAUGUGAUAGAUGCAUACUUGAGAAUUCGAAAUUCAAAAGAUGAGGAUUUCAUUAGAAAAUUCAUAAUGCUAGAUGAACAGCAUCGUGAAGAAAUGAGAAGAGAGAAAAGAAGAAUUCAAGAGCAAUUACGUCGCAUCAAGAGGAAUCAAGAAAAGGAUAAGCUAAAUCAAGAGAAGAGGAAAGAAAAGGGCCUGAAGCCAAAUAAUAAGCAAGAUACUAUGAAAACCUCUCAAAUGAAAUGUGGCGCAUGUGGGCAGUUGGGACAUAUGCGAACGAACAGGUUUUGUCCGAUGUAUAACCGAUCUAAUGCUCUUCCAGAUCGUCCUGUUGCACUAACAGAAGAGCAAGAAGAAGACAUGGAACGAGCUAUGUUUGCUGAUUCCCAAAACCUAAUUAAGGUAGAAGGUACAAAAAUUACACUUUCGAAGGAUCUACUGAAAAACGUAGAAGCUGUAAGAAGAAAGUCACUUGUUCUCAAAUUCCAGAAACCUGAAACACCACAGCCAGUGCAAAGACGUAAAAGAAAGUAUCAGGGCUCUGUAAGCCACUGCGACUACUUGACUCGGCCUGCAAAAAAGAAAGAAAGAAAAAGAGCAGACCCUGUUGUAACUUUGUCAUCACUUCUUGAGAAUGUACUUAAUGGUUUGCGUGAACUUCCAUCAACUCAUCCUUUUCAUUGCCCUGUGAAUCCAAGAGCGGUCAAAGAUUAUUACAAAAUCAUUGAAAAACCAAUGGAUUUACAAACAAUGAGAGAUCACCUUCAUAAACAUUCAUAUUUAUCUAGAGCAGAUUUUAAAGAACAUUUAGAUCUGAUUGUCAACAAUUCUAAAAUUUAUAAUGGUGUAGACAGUCCAUUAACAAAGACUGCUAUUCAUAUGACUGAUUAUUGUGACUCAAGAUUCAAAGAUUUGGAAGAUAAAUUGAUGCGCCUGGAGAAAGCAAUAAAUCCUCUGCUUGAUGACGAUGACCAAGUUUCUUUCAGUUUUGUUCUUGAUAAUAUAAUCAGUAAUAAAAUGAUGACCAUUUCAGAUUCAUGGCCUUUUCAUAAUCCUGUCAAUAAGAAAAUUGUGCCGGAUUAUUACAAAGUUGUUGAUCAUCCAAUGGAUCUCGGCACACUGAAAAAGAAUGUUCAGAAACAUAUGUAUCAAAAUAGAGGACAGUUUAUGGAACAUGUUGAGCUUAUUUUAAUUAACAGCUCAAAAUUCAAUGGCGCUGAAUCAAAAUUUACUGAAACUGCUCGACAAAUCGUUGAUGUUUGCAGAAAUACACUCGAGGAAUAUGAUGAGCAUUUAACACAGCUAGAAAAUGAUAUUGCUGCUGCAAAGAAAGCGGCAGAAGAGGAAGCAGAGGCUGGAGCUGAUGACGACGUUGUCAUGGAUGAAAACAGCAUGGACAUUGGUGUGGAUGAAGAUAGUAACUCCUCCUUCACUGCAAUGCAGCAAGAUGACAGUAAGAGUAAUACCAUGUUCACCGACAUGGAAGAUGAAAAAAUAGAUGUGGAAAGUGAUGUUCCCACUUCAUCGAAUGAUUUUGUUUCAGUCGCUGCAGCUCAAGCUCUCGGAACUCAAAACGACUCUAACACAGCUGAUGGCAUCGAGGCCCAAGAAGGCAAGAGUCUGCUUUUGGAAGAUUUGCUGAUGUCGGAUGGAGAAAUGUCUGCAAGUGAGGAUGAGGAAGGCAAUAGUGAAGAUGAAGACGAAGCAAAUCCAUUUGCAAGAUCUGAAAGUGAGGGCAGUGAUGAUGAUCAAAUGAAGGAAAGAUUCCAAAAAUACUCAACAACAGUUCAUCAAGAUGAAGUUAUCAGAGAUAGUGCCCCAGACAAUGCAAUGGAUGUUCCCUCUGAUUUCAGAAGUAAAAACAAAAGUUCAACCAAAAAACAAUCAUUGACUCUGAGUUCAGAAGGCGAGGAUAGCGAAGCUGGCAGUUUUGUAUCUGUCGGUGGAGAAGUUGUCAGCGAAAGUGAACUCUCUGAAACCUAAAUAUUAUGUCCUAUUCUUAAUUAUUAUAUUUUUCACCAAGAAAUCUAAUCAUUUUGUAUCUAAAAAUGAACACUUAACAAAGUA